CACGAAUUGAUUUCCCCAGAAGCAUCAGGGCUGAGUCAGUGCUGAGUCAGGGGAUUUCCCCGCUGACAGCCUGAGGUUCCCCACGCGGCGUGACUUCCCCAUUUCCAUCCCCGGAUUUGUGCAAGUCAAAAUCUAGAAUUUCAUUCCCCCAGAUAUGAGCCCGUCGGAGUCCAUGUCCGCUCAGGACAACGCCCCGGUACGGCUUCCUGCCUGUCAGUCGUGCUAUACAAAGAAAGCCAAAUGUGACGAUGCGCGACCAAAAUGUAACCCGUGCAUGAGAUCUGGUAUAGACUGCCUCACCGUUCCAGUCUCUGACGAUGAUGCACCCGUUUCAAGAGAGCAAACAUACAAAUUAGAGCAGCAGAUUGCAAGGAAUAAGGCACUGCUAGAAGGUUUCGAACAGCAAUCCAAAGAGACCAGAGGUGCCACAUUGCCAGCAAACACAGUCGGGCCAGUGGGUAUAAGGUUUAUGAGUUACUUGUUCAUGGAUCCGGAAUGGAGAGAGCGAUAUCCAAAUAUAGUGCAACAAUGGUCUAUUGCAUCUGCUGUAGCAGAGAUCUCAGUUGAGCCCAAUCCUCUUCCACCUCCCGAUGAGGCAUUGGCGGUGUUCGAUAACUACUUGAAUGGCUCCCAUGUGCAAAACCCAUUUUUACUGCGCCGUGAUGUACAGCAACUGUAUCAUUUAGUCUUUGAAACGGGGCGGGAGUGUCCUACCGCACAGGAAAGAAUGGGAUUAUCUGAUCACGAUAUGUUCCGAACAUUUAUGAUUCUUGCCAUUGGAUCCAUUCCUUUAUAUCGGACUGGUGCACACAAAAGCCAUCCUUAUGGAUAUUUUCGGACGGCGAUGAAAUACAUGGACGCGACUGUGCUUUCCAGAGGGUUGGAAUCCAUCCAGGAUCUAUUAUUGGUUGUCAGAUUUGGGAUAUAUUAUCACAUUGGCACAUCAAUUUGGGCAAUUACAACGUUAUGUAUGCGAAUGUGCAUUGAACAAGGCUACCACCGCCCACCUCGUCCUAGCGAGAGAAGCAGAUUAAGUCUUUUGCAGGAACAGUUGCAGCGACGUGUCUUCUGGGAGUGUUAUAUGAUUGGACGAUAUAGUUCAAUUAUACUCGAUCGCCCGCAUGCAUUAGCGGACGAUGAUAUUAAGAUCGGAUUUCCGGCCGAUGCGAACGAUGAAGACAUCGAAGCCGCCGAGACUGCCGGGUUGAAUCCUGACUUGGAUUCCUUCUGUGCAUCAUCCACCACAUCGGGCUCACCAGUUCAUACGGAGAUAACGGUGUUUUUACUUUGUCUGCGCCUCCGGCAAAUCACGUCUAAGAUCCAAACAAGGUUUCAACAAAGGACCGAUAGUUCGAGUGGAGGUAGUGAUCAAGACUCGAUAAUGGAAUCAAUCACAGCGCGGGGAAGAAUCUAUGCUGAUUUAGACGAGUUACUGUCUGAACUGAACGACUGGCGGCGUUCGGCUCCAACUUUUACCAACCCUAAGUGUCUAUUUGAGACCCAGGACUGGUACGACCUCCUUCUGAUGCGAGAGAGGCUGAUCCUAAUACGCAAGGUCAUUGACCUUUACGCUGUGGGAACGAUAAUGGCAUUCUGUCCGCUCUUCGAAGGAAGGGCAAUCACAUACACCCGAAGCUACUUCCAAAUGCUAUUCACUGCAGGGUUGUCCAUUAUGUUUUGCAUAUCUGUGGCAACUGACCACGACUCCGAAACCACUGCAAAUGCUGCGCACGCAUUGGAACAAUGCGCUAAGGUGCUCAAGAUUAUGGGCAGGGAGAUACCGGAGGCGAGCCAUAAUGUUACUAUGUACGAGUCAUUGCGGUCGAGGGUCUUGAGCAAUCGAGCCACGGUAACAGGAUCAGCGAACAGCCACAACCAGCAUGCCAAUCAAGAGACCCUGGAUCAUCAGGCUCAGACAUCGCACAGCCGGCCUCAUACUCAGAAUCAGCCACUUCUGCCCAACAUUCAUUGGCCGAGUCUACCCAAUGAAUCUGUGUGUCAGGAUACCCUGCUCGGUGAUGACCUUCCUCUCCAGGAUUGGCUUUCGUGGGAUAUGUGGGACGUCUGGGACAUCUGGGACAAGUCCGGGCGGCAUUCCUCCUGGAACCUAGAAGAUGGGACUGGGGAAUAUACCUUCAGUGAUCCACCUUUUUUGGGCCCAACAGAGGUUCUUGGAUCAAUGCACCCUGGACCUGCCUCCCUUUUCACUCCUUUUUCGACGUAA